AAGAAAGAGAGCAAAUUGAAGCAAUUGUUUAGACAGUAUGGUAAAGCUGCAGUGAUUGUGUAUGUUGGCCUCUGCCUUGUCGAUUUGCCAUUGUGCUACUUAUUAGUGGAGAGAGUGGGCGAAGACAAAAUACAUGAGUUUACAUCUAAAGUCAAGGGUUUUUUUGGUUUUGGCAAGGAAGAUUUCACUGAAAAAGAGGAUCCCACCAACACAAACCAAAAGAGCACAAUUGAAGAUACCGUCAGCAAUGUAGAAACCAGUUCUGGUAGCACCAACAGCACAUUGAUGAGUGAAAGUUUUCUCACCAAAUUUGCAAUUGCUUAUGGUAUUCAUAAAUCUUUGAUAUUUAUCAGAGUUCCGUUGACUGCUUCAAUUACCCCGAUAAUCGUCAGAUAUUUACAACGUUUAGGUUUCAAUAUCGGAAGAACAUCGAUCAGAUCUGUCUAUUCCGUGGGAAAGGAAAAACUUCAAAAACCCGACUUUACUGCUUCCAAUGAAAAGUUUGGAUCAAGACCUUCAAAAAAGCAAAAAUGGUGGAGCUGGUUCUUCUAG